CUGGUAGCGUAGCCAAUCAAAAUGCAGGAUUUGCAUUAGUCCACUAGUUGGGUGAUACUAAUAUAAUUUACGAAUACGAAGGGUUUCGCGCGCGGCGUCGUACCCAAGCCUCGAGCUGUUUUGGCAUUGAAGACUGGGGAUGAGUGUUUAUCCCGCCAAAACAAAAUGGCGGCUGUCUUUUGGUGCUUGACUCGUUCGAUCUUGCUUGAACAUAGGAGAAAGCGAAUCGACUAAGUAACCGUAGAUUAGGUUAUUGCAAAUCGUGUAGUACUUCACCAACAAAGGUAACGCAGCUAAACAUAAAAUCUGUUGCAAGCCGAGAUGGAGAGACAACCGGAUCUCGCCGAUCAACUGCGAAACUGGGCCUUGGAUGAAAUGCGAUUUAGACCCCACGGACGACACGUAAAUACGACUCUUCCUACUAACGAGGACUUUAAGAUGUUGUGUCGUGGGGUCAUGGUGGAUGUUUGGAACUAUGUAUUGCAGCAUGUCAGGUCCACAAAAACUGUCCAGAAGAUUCAUGGGAACUUAAAGUUACAAAAGCUAAUCCAGGAAAUGGCGGCUCAUCCAGGUGACAAACCAAGUGAUGAAGAAAGAGAAAGCAUCAAAGAAAAACACUCUAAGUUAACAAAAGAACUUUUAGAAGUCAAAAGCAAAGUUCAUCAUCUUGAAAAAGAAAUCAAAGCUGUGCAGAAGGAAAUUCUUGAAGCAGAGGAAACUUACUCUGAAGGUGGUCGACAAAUAUCUGAUCUCGCCAAAAGAACUACUUUGCUGAGUGCUCAUUCCAAGCAAUGCAAGCAGUUAGCAGAAUUGUACAGAAGCUUGGCUAAACAGAUCAAUGACAAGAUAACAAUUUGUAGGGAUGUUGCAAGAAAGAAAUCCAUGGAUCCAACAUAUUACACAUCACAAGGAAUCAUUGCUGGAAGCUCACAGGCAUUUACUACUGUUGAAGGACGAUCAACUCCUACUGGGUUGGAAUCAGCUUGUACUAGAUCAGUUAGGGAAUCGUGUGAAAGAAUUGGUUCCUUUUUGUAUGACGUGUGCAAGGCAGAGGAAGAAACUGGAAGAAUUGAUGACAGCAGUCAGAGAAAGGUUAAAGAUCAGUUGUGGACUGGAGUAGAGAAUAUCUUGUCUCAGCACCUGGCAGAUGACGUCCUCACCUCAUUGUCUCGAAUAGCACAGGACUCCGCCGUCAGCCUGCGGGAAUUGUCUGCCAGAAUUGACCUGAAGAAAGAUGCCAGAGAACUCAAGUUUAAAUAUGAAAACUCUGGCAAACUAACUGACACAUCAUCCCCACCUUCCUUACUGCAAAGUGUUCACCAGUUAAUAGAGGUGAGUCGUAAUCUUUUGUAUUAUCUGGGCCAGACUCUUGACUCUCUUAAGUGGUCACAGUCGCUUACGAGAGGUGGUCGCUUUCAAGAGGUUCCAAAUACAGUGAUUCGACUUGGAAACGUUUGGUAUUUUGGAAAACUGAGUUCCCUUGACAACAUAACCUUUUCUGCUAGACAAAAGCUAAUCCAGGAAAUGGCGGCUCAUCCAGGUGACAAACCAAGUGAUGAAGAAAGAGAAAGCAUCAAAGAAAAACACUCUAAGUUAACAAAAGAACUUUUAGAAGUCAAAAGCAAAGUUCAUCAUCUUGAAAAAGAAAUCAAAGCUGUGCAGAAGGAAAUUCUUGAAGCAGAGGAAACUUACUCUGAAGGUGGUCGACAAAUAUCUGAUCUCGCCAAAAGAACUACUUUGCUGAGUGCUCAUUCCAAGCAAUGCAAGCAGUUAGCAGAAUUGUACAGAAGCUUGGCUAAACAGAUCAAUGACAAGAUAACAAUUUGUAGGGAUGUUGCAAGAAAGAAAUCCAUGGAUCCAACAUAUUACACAUCACAAGGAAUCAUUGCUGGAAGCUCACAGGCAUUUACUACUGUUGAAGGACGAUCAACUCCUACUGGGUUGGAAUCAGCUUGUACUAGAUCAGUUAGGGAAUCGUGUGAAAGAAUUGGUUCCUUUUUGUAUGACGUGUGCAAGGCAGAGGAAGAAACUGGAAGAAUUGAUGACAGCAGUCAGAGAAAGGUUAAAGAUCAGUUGUGGACUGGAGUAGAGAAUAUCUUGUCUCAGCACCUGGCAGAUGACGUCCUCACCUCAUUGUCUCGAAUAGCACAGGACUCCGCCGUCAGCCUGCGGGAAUUGUCUGCCAGAAUUGACCUGAAGAAAGAUGCCAGAGAACUCAAGUUUAAAUAUGAAAACUCUGGCAAACUAACUGACACAUCAUCCCCACCUUCCUUACUGCAAAGUGUUCACCAGUUAAUAGAGGUGAGUCGUAAUCUUUUGUAUUAUCUGGGCCAGACUCUUGACUCUCUUAAGUGGUCACAGUCGCUUACGAGAGGUGGUCGCUUUCAAGAGGUUCCAAAUACAGUGAUUCGACUUGGAAACGUUUGGUAUUUUGGAAAACUGAGUUCCCUUGACAACAUAACCUUUUCUGCUAGACAAAAGCUAAUCCAGGAAAUGGCGGCUCAUCCAGGUGACAAACCAAGUGAUGAAGAAAGAGAAAGCAUCAAAGAAAAACACUCUAAGUUAACAAAAGAACUUUUAGAAGUCAAAAGCAAAGUUCAUCAUCUUGAAAAAGAAAUCAAAGCUGUGCAGAAGGAAAUUCUUGAAGCAGAGGAAACUUACUCUGAAGGUGGUCGACAAAUAUCUGAUCUCGCCAAAAGAACUACUUUGCUGAGUGCUCAUUCCAAGCAAUGCAAGCAGUUAGCAGAAUUGUACAGAAGCUUGGCUAAACAGAUCAAUGACAAGAUAACAAUUUGUAGGGAUGUUGCAAGAAAGAAAUCCAUGGAUCCAACAUAUUACACAUCACAAGGAAUCAUUGCUGGAAGCUCACAGGCAUUUACUACUGUUGAAGGACGAUCAACUCCUACUGGGUUGGAAUCAGCUUGUACUAGAUCAGUUAGGGAAUCGUGUGAAAGAAUUGGUUCCUUUUUGUAUGACGUGUGCAAGGCAGAGGAAGAAACUGGAAGAAUUGAUGACAGCAGUCAGAGAAAGGUUAAAGAUCAGUUGUGGACUGGAGUAGAGAAUAUCUUGUCUCAGCACCUGGCAGAUGACGUCCUCACCUCAUUGUCUCGAAUAGCACAGGACUCCGCCGUCAGCCUGCGGGAAUUGUCUGCCAGAAUUGACCUGAAGAAAGAUGCCAGAGAACUCAAGUUUAAAUAUGAAAACUCUGGCAAACUAACUGACACAUCAUCCCCACCUUCCCUACUGCAAAGUGUCCACCAGUUAAUAGAGGAGGGUCAAGCUGCUCAUUUUCAAAGGUUUAUUGAGUCAGAAAAAGGUCUCAAUGAAGCCUGGAGGUCACGGCAAAGACUGCAAACACUACAGCAACAAUUGGAGGCUAAUCUAGUGUCAAGUCAUCAAGACUCUCCUGGAAAUAUUGAGUUGGCAAGAGUUUUACUUCAUAAUGAACUGGAACUGACAGCAUCCAAGGCAUCACUGGAGUGCAUGAAAGCAGAAAUGGCUGAGCUGACCAAAUCCAGGAACGAAAGACAAAGAGCAAAGGAAUUGCUGCUCAUGAAACACAAGAAGAUUGAAGAUUUUGAGAAACUUGCUCAAACCAAACAAUCCCUCAUUCAAGCUCUUGUCAAGCAGAAUUCCAAUGCCAGAGCAAGAGUUGAGAAACAGAAACACGAGCUCUUACAGUACAUACAGCAGAGGAUCUGCUCGCAUGAGGUUCAGGUGGUUGCCAUGGCUAAACAGUUACAGAACAGUAUCGCACAGGAGGUGGAUAAGUUUGCUGCACUACCCCUGGAUCAAUUCCAAUACUCAGGUGUAGACAGUACAAGAAGAGUUCCAGUCAGCGAGUUAUCAAUCAAUCGUUUAGAAAAUCUCUCAACAAGUCCAGGGGGCGGUACAAUAAGAGCUGUGUUAGAUGGUCUGGACUUCCCAGCCUACAAGGCUCCUGAAGACUUGCUGUCGACGACCAUGAAGUUGAAAGAGAAAGUUGACGACACAAGAUCCCUCGUACGGUCACGUGAUGGUGCAGUUUGUGAGGUGGAUGGUGACAGAUCGUGCGAGAGAAUGGUCGCGCAUUUGAAUGGUUUGAGACGGGAGGUCACUGAGCAGGACCGCGCACAACUCGAUUACAUCAUGCCGCUGGUACAGAACGGGCUCAAUAAAACCACCAAAGCUUUGUCAGAUUGCAUUUCUGUCAAGGAUAUCGUGAGCUCAUGGUGGGAGCAACCCGCACAGUUCGUUACACCCUGGGUCAAGUUGGAUGACAUGAACAUGAGACAGUGGACAGACCAGUGGACACUGUCCGCUACUCGCUUGAGGCAGUUACAGAUGAGCCAAAAGAGGUAUGGUAGUUAUCUUAGAAGCCUAAAACACCAUUUCCCCUCUCCAGCUGUCUCAGAAUACGAAGGAAAAGAAGACGAAGCAUCCAAGGCAUCACUGGAGUGCAUGAAAGCAGAAAUGGCUGAGCUGACCAAAUCCAGGAACGAAAGACAAAGAGCAAAGGAAUUGCUGCUCAUGAAACACAAGAAGAUUGAAGAUUUUGAGAAACUUGCUUUUGUCUUGUUUCAGCAAACCAAGCAAUCCCUCAUUCAAGCUCUUGUCAAGCAGAAUUCCAAUGCCAGAGCAAGGGUUGAGAAACAGAAACACGAGCUCUUACAGUACAUACAGCAGAGGAUCUGCUCGCAUGAGGUUCAGGUGGUUGCCAUGGCUAAACAGUUACAGAACAGUAUCGCACAGGAGGUGGAUAAGUUUGCUGCACUACCCCUGGAUCAAUUCCAAUACUCAGGUGUAGACAGUACAAGAAGAGUUCCAGUCAGCGAGUUAUCAAUCAAUCGUUUAGAAAAUCUCUCAACAAGUCCAGGGGGCGGUACAAUAAGAGCUGUGUUAGAUGGUCUGGACUUCCCAGCCUACAAGGCUCCUGAAGACUUGCUGUCGACGACCAUGAAGUUGAAAGAGAAAGUUGACGACACAAGAUCCCUCGUACGGUCACGUGAUGGUGCAGUUUGUGAGGUGGAUGGUGACAGAUCGUGCGAGAGAAUGGUCGCGCAUUUGAAUGGUUUGAGACGGGAGGUCACUGAGCAGGACCGCGCACAACUCGAUUACAUCAUGCCGCUGGUACAGAACGGGCUCAAUAAAACCACCAAAGCUUUGUCAGAUUGCAUUUCUGUCAAGGAUAUCGUGAGCUCAUGGUGGGAGCAACCCGCACAGUUCGUUACACCCUGGGUCAAGUUGGAUGACAUGAACAUGAGACAGUGGACAGACCAGUGGACACUGUCCGCUACUCGCUUGAGGCAGUUACAGAUGAGCCACUGACACACAGACACUGAUACUGGUCACAUCCCCAACUAGAGACAAUUAUGAUGAAUUAGAGCACAGAGACACUCACUGAGACAGUGCAGGCCUUGUGUCAUUUAUAAUUAAGUGAAAGAGUUGCGGAUGAGUUACGUACACAUAGACACUCGCGUGGGACAGAGGACCCCGUUAGUCACUAGCGUAAGACAGUUGCAGAUGAACUGCCUCGCAGAAAAACUCGCAUGAGACAGUAGAAUUUGUCUGCGACUCAUUUGAGACAGCGAUGGAUUGGUCACUGGCACACAGACACUCGCAUGAGAGUGCGGGCACUUUUCAAUAACCGCUCGAGACGGUUACGUUUAAACCAAAGACACAGCGGUCCCUUCUCCCCCAUUUAAAAUUCAGACGAUUCCCGCGCGCUCCCCCCUCCCUUCUGUUUUUCCCAGAAAGUCUAAAUAAUGUGAAGAACGCUUCAUUUUCCUCUUCAGUCUACAGACGCUCUACAUUAAUAUGCAAACUGUUAGUGGCACAAACUGUUCUACUAAAAGCCCCUAUGAAUAGACUGUCAAUGUACAGCUUAGUCGUGCGCGGCGCGUAAGCGGAAAGCGAGAGGCAUUCUCAGCAGUGGACAAACUCUCGAGUCCGUCGGGGAUAGCAUCUUUUAACGACUCGCGCGGCCUCCACUCGCGAGCCAACCUGUACGCACGCAACUUAAAUUGCACGUAGGGAGAAUCAUUUGUAACUAACUCGAGCAUCCUAAAAGAGAUUUGGGUGGAAAUAGUGUCUGUGUAACUACAAUUAUAAUUUUCAUUUAGAAAAGAGGUAUGGUAGUUAUCUUAGAAGCCUAAAACACCAUUUCCCCUCUCCAGCUGUCUCAGAAUACGAAGGAAAAGAAGACGAAGGUAGCUUUAUUUUAUAACAAUGGGGUGCAAGUAGUCGAACAUGACACGCUCCCGUCUGUCCUAACACCUUUAGGCAUUUACGACUAUUUACCUUCCAUGGAAUGCAUUUUCAGGAAGGUACGUGAUACUCGUAGUUUGUUGUUUGUGUGAAAGAGAAACUAAUGCUUUAUCCGCUUGGCAAUCGGAAAAUACCGUCAUUGGCUGAAGUGGCCAUAAAAUCGAAGCUGAUACGAGUGACAUUUCAAAACAGAACAUUCUACUGAUUUCCGAUCCUAAAGUGCCUUUCUAGACGACACCGGAAGUCGUGUCUGCUGAAGCUCUUAUCUUUCUAUCAUUUCUGUCAUCGUGAGUGAGGUGAUAAAUCAUCCGUACAAUGCCAGUCUGGACCACACUUAACAAAUGUUUUUCCCAAGCAUAAAUCACUGAUCCAAUUGAGGUCUUCGCAUCUGAAGCGUUUGAAAUUAUGUUUCAAAGUACGGAAAUGUUUACACGAGAGUCGGAUGUUAUUUUCGAUCUCCGUAGGACUCCUUACUUCCGAAAUAUGACAUGGCAAAUAGAUGUCUUGGUGUAAAGGUCCUUGCCUUGCUUUCGUUCGCAGCCUCUCUUGAAGGCUGGGGCGUUCUAGUCUGCCUGCCAGACGUUCAAAGGGAAAGGGGAGGGAAAAGCCCUGAGGGGGAUGUAGGGGAACAGGGUUUCCCUCCCUCUCCCACCGAUCGCGUUUUGAACAGUUUCGCCUUUGCAUUGAAAAGUUAACUUUGAAAAGGGCUAUUAUUCCCGGCCUGCGUUUAUUGCACACGAUCUUUUACGCCCCCUGUCACUCUUGGCAACAUCUCCCCGUCUUAGCGGUCUUGCCGCUGGUCGAGGGGACGCGGGCACUGGGUACAGCAUUGACAACAGACCCUGUCGACGACACGGCGGCCAUUUUGAAUUCUGUUAUUUCAAAUAGCUAGCUACGAUGGGAUGCUUACGGGGCAAAUACA